AUGGGGGACCAACAGUGCGAAACUGUUUUAGGAGCAACGGGGUACCAACAGAGCGAAACUGUUUUAGGAGCAAUGGGGGACCAACAGUGCGAAACUGUUUCAGGUGCAAUGGGGGACCAACAGUGCGAAACUGUUUUAGGAGCAAUGGGGGACCAACAGUAUGAAACUGUUUUAGGAGCAAUGGGGGGCCAACAGUGCGAAACUGUUUUAGGAGCAAAGGGGUACCAACAGUGCGAAACUGUUUUAGGAGCAAUGGGGGACCAACAGUGCGAAACUGUUUUAGGAGCAAUGGGGGACCAACAGUGCGAAACUGUUUUAGGAGCAACGGGGUACCAACAGUGCAAGACUGUUUUAGGAGCCACGGGUGACCAACAGUGCGAAACUGUUUUAGGAGCAAUGGGGGACCAACAGUGCGAAACUGUUUUAGGAGCAAUGGGGGACCAACAGUGUGAAACUGUUUUAGGAGCAAUGGGGGACCAACAGUGCGAAACUGUUUUAGGAGCAAUGGGGGACCAACAUUAUGAAACUGUUUUAGGAGCAAUGGGGGACCAACAGUGCGAAACUGUUUUAGGAGCAAAGGGGUACCAACAGUGCGAAACUGUUUUAGGAGCAAUGGGGGACCAACAGUGCGAAACUGUUUUAGGAACAAUGGGGGACCAACAGUGCGAAACUGUUUUAGGAGCAACGGGGUACCAACAGUGCGAGAAUGUUUUAGGAGCCACGGGGGACCAACAGUGCGAAACUGUUUUAGGAGCAAUGGGGGACCAACAGUGUGAAACUGUUUUAGGAGCAAAGGGGUACCAACAGUGCGAAACUGUUUUAGGAGCAAUGGGGGAUCAAAAGUGCGAAACUGUUUUAGGAGCAAUGGGGGACCAACAGUGCGAAACUGUUUUAGGAGCAAAGGGGUACCAACAGUGCGAAACUGUUUUAGGAGCAAUGGAGGACCAACAGUGCGAAACUGUUUUAGGAGCAAUGGGGGACCAACAGUGCGAAACUGUUUUAGGAGCAACGGGGUACCAACAGUGCGAGAAUGUUUUAGGAGCCACGGGGGACCAACAGUGUGAAACUGUUUUAGGAGCAAUGGGGGACCAACAGUGUGAAACUGUUUUAGGAGCAACUGGGUACCAACAGUGCGAAACUGUUUUAGGAGCAAUGGGGGAUCAAAAGUGCGAAACUGUUUUAGGAGCAAUGGGGGACCAACAGUGCGAAACUGUUUUAGGAGCAAAGGGGUACCAACAGUGCGAAACUGUUUUAGGAGCAAUGGGGGACCAACAGUGCGAAACUGUUUUAGGAGCAACGGGGUACCAACAGUGCAAGACUGUUUUAGGAGCCACGGGUGACCAACAGUGCGAAACUGUUUUAGGAGCAAUGGGGCAUCAAAAGUGCGAAACUGUUUUAGGAGCAAUGGGGGACCAACAGUGA